ACAAUAUAUAUAAACAACAAAUUGUGUCAUCGAUUUCAGUGACAAUUAUAAUCACAAUUUAUUUAUUGAUAAACAAAGAUAUGUUUUGUUAGAUCUGAUCUGACAAGUGGUCAACCGAUUGGUGGUGUCAACUGACAAUUACCGGCGAUGUCGUCACCGUCGACGGUGAUGAGGAUGAAGAAGAAGAAUGAAGAAGAUAUGAGUUUGUCGUCAACGGCGGACUACUUGUGGUACGAAUGUCAGCACGAGUUGCUUGAAAUGCGCCACAAGAUUAUCACUCUUGAAGCUCGUCUUCAGACAUCGGAACAGCUUAACAAACAUCUGACAGUUUGUAACGUAUCGUUGGUGGUCAUUGUCCAGUUAGCUCGUGUGAUGGACAUCAUCGAUACCGACGGCGGCGACAACACACGGCUGUUGGCUUUAAUCCAGUCGAUCAAAGAAGAGGAGAGCCGUAUUGAACACGAAAAAGAAAACUUGCGGUCAGUUAUCGACAAUUACGAACAACAAGAAGAGUUCGACGACAAGAAAAUCUGUAAAUUGAUCCAAGAGGUGACCCGCAAACAACUUAGCAAUAUAUUGGUUGCCGAUAAAGGCGUUCAAACUGUUUUUGGUGAUAAUAAUAAUACUAAUACUAAUUGUGGCCAAAGGUUUCGGUUAAUUACCGAAAACUUGGGGUCAAUACCGAUAACAAAAAAUUCAAAUAUUAACUCAUUUAAUACAUCAAUGAUCAGUGUUGACAGUGAUAUCAAAUGUGAACUACAGAGUGAUCACGAAAGUGAUAAUUGGAUUAGUGAUGACAUUAAUGUUGAUGAAGAAGACAGUGGUAAUGAUGACAAUAAUAAUGAAUUUAAUGAGACUAUUGUUGAAACAAUCGGAUUAUCAGAUAAAGAGAAAGUUAUUAAACAAAGAGAUAAAACAUAUCAUAAAACACAUCAAAUGAUAACCGAAUAUAACGUCGUUAAACAUAAUUCAUACGACAGAGUCUCACUUGAGGAAGAAAAACGAAUCUUCGAAUUGAUCCAAAAGUAUACAAAAGUCGAUGAUUACUAUGAAUGCGAUGAGACUAUCGAUUGUACGUUUAGAUGUAAAAAAGAUAUCACUUUUUACAAUCACUUACAACAACACAAACUACAAGCAAAACGAUUGUACGAAAAGAUGGACACGUGUUUGACGGACGAUAAAUAUAUCUGUGAUGUAGUCUAUUGUCAAUUCAUUAGCGAAGAUAAGUACAUAUUCUACGAACACUAUCGGCAACACGUCCUAACAGUUCCGACCAAAGACGACACUUACCGUCCCUAUAGGUGCGAUGAGUGCGGUUCAACAUUCGUUAUGGUGGCCACUCUGAAACAACACCAAAAGAAAGUACAUCCGGAUCAGCUGCUGAUGUGUCCGUAUGACGGUUGUACUGUUACGGUAAAGUCGGCCUAUAAUCUCAAACAACAUAUCAAUAAUAUUCACUUAAAACUGAAACCCUAUCCGUGUGAUUGGCCCGGUUGUGAGUAUUCAGCAUUUACGCCAUCAAAUCUUAAGUCGCAUAAACUGAAACACUCGCAACUGAAACACCGUCGGUGCGAUUGGCCGGCCUGUGAGUUCACCUGUAAAGCCAAUUGGACAAUGAUUGCCCACAAGCGUACCCAUACCAAUGAAAAACCGUUUGCUUGCGAGUGGCCGGGUUGUGUGUACCGGUGCUCGGUUAAGAGUACACUCAUAACACACAAACGUAUACAUACGGGUGAAAAGCCGUUCAAAUGUCUCGACUGUGAUCAACGAUUUGCCGCUCAGGCAGGUCUUCAAUCUCAUCAAAGACAACAUUCGAAAAUCCGUAGGCCAUCCAAACGUGUUGGACGACCAUCAAAGAUGGUGAUACCGACAACCCAUUAA